CUCUCUAGAAUUUUCCCCCAACAGAGAGAAACACUAAUCCCAUUUCCAUCCCCAUCUUUCUCCAAAUCAAAAUGCUUAAUCCCAAGUAAUCACAUUCCUUAUACAAACACAAAGAGUUAAUCAUCAUCAUCAAAGGGUCAUCAUCACGAGAAUGAGACCAACCACAACCCACAGUUUCCACCACGACGCUCAUCACCAUAAUUACAAUCAGGAAGCGACGACGAGAUCGAGCGCCGUUAAUUGCCCUCCGCCGUUGAAAGUCAACAAGGACUCCCGCGCCAUUAUCAAGAAUAAAUCCUCCUCACCGCCACCGCCACCACCGCCAUACAAUAACAACAAUUCAUCCGCCUCCCCGCCCUACUCUUCAUCGUCAUCCUCCGCCUCCUCCCUCGCCGUCGCGGGCUCCGCCAAACCGCCGCCGCAGCGCCACCCGGUCAUAAUAUACACCCAUUCCCCCAAAGUCAUCCACACCCACCCCAGGGAUUUCAUGGCCUUGGUCCAGAAGCUCACCGGCCUCUCCCGCUCCGACGAAGACCCUGCCGCCGACCCUUCUCCAUCGUCGUCUCGUCGCCACCACCGCCGCGUCCAGAACCAGAAGUCAGGCGGCGGGCGUCGCAACGAUGCGGAGGGGGAGAAUCACAAGAGGUCCAAUAUUAUUAAUAAUAACAACAGCAACAAUAAGAUCGGCGGCGGGGGCGAGAACGAGGAUAACGAAUCUUCAUCGGUGAUUACGGAGGAGAACUGCGGCGACGGACAGCAGGCGAAUUCUUCGUCGAAUACUUCUUCGAUUUUCGAAUCUCCGACGCCGAACCCCUACCACCAGCUGACGACGAACAUGCCGGUGUUUCCCCCGUCAGGCUCGGCCGGCGAUCGUCAUCUCUAUUGUGGGACCCCCAAUCCGGCGCCGUUCUUUAACUACACGGAUCCUUUGUUUUUCGGGACGCCCAGUUUCAGAAACUUGGACGCCAUUAAUGAUCACUUUCGUGACUUCUGAUGGUCAUUUUCCUGGCAGCCUUUUUGUUUGUUUGUUUUUUUAUUUUCUUAAUUAGGGUGUUUGCUCAGUUACAUUUUGCGAUAUUUACAACGGAUUUCCCCCUUUUUCCGAUUAAAUUCGUCGAUUUGUUUAUUAUUAUUUGGUUUUCUUGCCUAUGGUGCUAAUAACAUUCCGUACUGAUAGAAUUGUACUAUUUCCUUCUUUUUUACAUCAUUUUAUAGAAUAAAAGUUUCAACAAUUA